CUUUAUUCACUAUUGAUAUGUAUUCAUAUCGGUUUCAUUUGAGCUUCUGAAGGGUUUGUGAUCGUGUAGUUACGUUUUUAAUAUUGUAUUCAAUUCAGUGCACAUAUGGAUAUAUUGAAUUCCGGUGGGAAGCACAUUACGCGACGGCAUUUCUAUUCUGUGUUAGAUUAAUAUCUGGAUUGAUGUCAAUCAUCAUCAAACACUGAUUGACAAUAUCGAACAUUGAAACAUCCCAGUGACUGCGUUUAUCAAUUCAACUAGAGAUGAGCUGCAUUUGCAUGACUGGAAAUAACCGGCAGAGAGCGUUCCAAAGAUGACCGACAGUGGACUGACUCGCUAGAAUCACUUUGGUUGAGGCCAUUAGCGGUACAUGAGCUGGUGAUAUAAUGGAGUUGGUUCUCAAGAGGCUGCAGUCACUGACUCCAGAUCAGUUGAGGGACGAGAUCACAGGCGCUGGACUCAAAUGUGGCCCAAUAACAGCCACCACCAGGAGCCUCUUUGAGAAGAAACUGGCUCGAGUUCUGCUGGAGAAUCACACAGAUGGCAGUGAUGUGCCACAGAUGCAUUCUGGGAGCUCGGAGAGUUCAUGCCAAGAGCUUCAUCAGCCAAUCAAUGAACAGAACAGAGAGGAAAUGAAUAAUGACACCGAAACUGCAGAGAGUCCAGAGACAUUCUCCGACAAUCCCUCCGUUUAUUACGGAGUUUAUCCUCAGCCAGACGACCCCUCCGUUGAAGAUGGUACAGUGCACGUGUUUGCUAAUAAGACAAAAGCACUGAAGGCCGUGAUGAGAAUGAAGGGCGCUCGAUUCAAAGCUUUCGUGAGCAAAGAAGACGCUGAGAACUUUGCUAAAGGUGCAUGUGAAGACAAAUCGUCACCAGAGAAACCAAACGCUGCGUCAGUCACCGAUGCCAUGAAUGUGGAGAAGGCCAACGAAUUCAGAAGUCCGCGCACACAAGACAUGACAGCAAAACUGCGGAAAGCUGUCGAGAAAGGAGACGAGGAGACCUUUAAAGAGCUCGUCUGGGAAAAUCCAAGAUAUCUCAUCGGAUCUGGUGACAAUCCAACUAUUGUGCAGGAGGGAUGCAGGUAUAAUGUCCUGCAUGUCGCAGCAAAAGAGAACCAGCCAGGAAUCGCUCGUCUGAUCUUGGAGACGCUGGAGAACCCAAAGUUCAUGCGUCUGAUGUACCCUAAAGAUCAGGAGGUCAUGCUGUGGCAGCGCAUCAGAUAUAUACUUGAUCUGUAUCUUAACACUCCUGACAAAGCAAGUAACGAGACGCCGCUGCACUUCGCCUGUAAGUUUGGUUGUCCAGACGUGGUGAAUGUUUUGUGUUCGCAUCCAUACGUCGAUAAAAACUGCAGGAAUAAAUACGACCAGAAACCUGCAAGUAUGAUUUGUGAGCGGAAAAACAAAAGUAAAGAAGUGAAGCAGAAGAUCAUGGAAUAUUUGGAGGACAGAUUUUAUGUGCCGUUAUUGAGGGCCGCUGACAACACGCUUCAUCCAGUGAUCGGCGCCCCCUGGUGUCCUGGAUCAUUAGAGUCAUGUGACCAGUUACACACACCUGUGAUUGUGGACAGUCCCAAAAACCCAGAAAUGACGAUCAAGGCGUUUGCUGGCCCUUUAAAUUCAUCAAAAGCGGAGGAGUUUCACCGAUUGUGGAAAACGCCGCCACGAGAUCGGGCCAAAUAUUUCCAUGACAUUUUGAAAUCGGAUUCGGAUCAUGGCGCAGAGAGAGUGGGCAGAGAGUUGGCUCAUGAGAUGGGCGUCCCCUGGGCAGAAUAUUGGGACUUUCUGAACUGCUUUAUCGAUUUGUUGACUGCGGAUGGUUUGAACAUGUUGGAAGAGUAUUUGAACAGAGAAAAUAGCCUGACAAAUGCUAGCUGUUCCACUCCAUCUACCGGUGGACCUGAUCGAACAUCCGCUUCUGUCUGUACAUCAUUUCACAAUGAGCAUCUGAACAGUUCCUUUAAAACCCCACGUGAGAAUUCAACAGGAGGAGGAGAUCCUAGUGACGUCGGACGGUUCCCGGUCCGUGACCUGAUGCAGGAGUUUGAGAAGGUUUCAGUCUCCGCUGAACACACACUUCACACAUGUGACUCUGGUUUGGGCUGCCAGACUCUGUCCAGCUCUGAUGAUGAAUGGAGAACGCAUCAGACGGAAGAUGAUGAAAGCAGCUGUGGUUCAGAGGAGUAUUUCACAGCGGAUGAAGACUCCGGUGACCUGCAGGAUUGUUAUGGAGGUAAUGGGGGCAUCCUCUCUCACUCCACACCCUGGAGCAGAGGACACGUCUCGCUGGACCACUCGGGUUCCUCAGACUCUUCAUUUCAAUCAACAAACAGCAUGACUGACCACGUCGUUGACCCUGUUGACCUCGAUAGACGAGAGGUGUUUAUAGUAGGUAAUUCCCCAACAAAGCUUGACAAUGACGUGCUUCUAGCGUUGGAUAAUGUGGAAAUUGAGCAAAACUUAUAUCCCUGUGUCGUCAAAUGGCAGAGCCAGAUUUUAUCCUAUCCUUCAUCACAAAGACAAAGCUGGCCGGCAGCUUCAUUGACGAUCCGAGACAGUGCGAGCCGGAGCUCACCGGCCGAUAGACUUGACUGGUUUACGGUCUCAACCAAUUUGAGAAGCCCGGGCCACUUUAACCCCGAGCAGUUUGUGUUCAGCCCUCCGAGCAGGUCAUACAGACACGUGUAACCAGAAUGUCCCGUCUGUUGAAUCGGAGAUGCUCUUGUACGUUGGUUGAUUCGUUUAACAAGCACUAAAAAGUUCAGUCACUUUACAAUUCUAAAUGUGUCUUUUUUACUUCCUAUUAAAGUUGUAAAGCUAUUUUAUUUUGUACUGCUGUUGUGUUGCUUUUAAUAAUUGCACUAUUGUUUUGUUUGUGGUAAGAAAGUGUUGCAUGAAAAGAUUGAAAUAUUUUCUCAGUCUUAUAUAAGCUGUUCUUCCAAGUCAGGUGAUUGAGUGAGUGAGUGAGUGCGUGAGUGAGUGAGUGAGUGAGUGAGUGAGUGAGUGA